UGCAGGGUGCUUGCAGAGCGUGGUGCAGGCUGCUCCAGGGUUGCCAGCAUGGAGAAAAGCAGCAUGGCUCAGUCCAAGGGCACAGUGGUCCUCGCCUACAGCGGGGGCCUCGACACCUCCUGCAUCCUGGUGUGGCUGAAGGAGCAAGGCUAUGAUGUUAUCGCCUACCUGGCCAACAUUGGGCAGAAGGAAGAUUUCGAGGCAGCACGAAAGAAAGCGCUGGCACUGGGGGCCAAGAAGGUUUACAUCGAGGAUGUCAGCAGGGAGUUCGUGGAGGAGUUCAUCUGGCCAGCAGUGCAGGCCAACGCGCUCUACGAGGACCGGUACCUGCUGGGCACGGCGCUGGCACGGCCCUGCAUCGCCCGCAAGCAGGUGGAGAUCGCUCAGCGGGAGGGAGCCCAGUACGUCGCCCACGGGGCCACGGGCAAGGGCAAUGACCAGGUUCGGUUCGAGCUCUCCUGCUACGCCCUGUGUCCCAAAAUCAAGGUCGUUGCACCGUGGAGGCUGCCCGAGUUUUACCAGCGCUUCCCUGGGCGCCGGGAGCUGAUGGAUUAUGCCAAGAAACAUGGGAUCCCGGUGCCUGUGACACCCCAGACACCCUGGAGCAUGGAUGAGAACCUCAUGCACAUCAGCUACGAAGCCGGGAUCCUGGAGAACCCCAAGAAUCAGGCUCCCCCCGGGCUCUACACGAAGACCCGUGAUCCGGCCACCUCUCCCAACACCCCGGAUGUGCUGGAGAUCGAGUUUGAGCGGGGUGUCCCAGUGAAGGUCACCAACACUGGGGACGGAGCCACUCGUUCCUCGGCCCUGGAGCUCUUCGUGUACCUGAACGACAUCGCGGGCAAGCACGGGGUUGGGCGCAUCGACAUCGUGGAGAACCGCUUCGUCGGGAUGAAGUCCAGAGGUAUCUAUGAGACCCCAGCGGGAACGAUCCUAUACCACGCGCAUUUAGAUAUCGAGGCCUUCACCAUGGACCGGGAAGUGCGGAAAAUCAAGCAGGGGCUCGCCUUGAAAUUCUCCGAGCUGGUGUACAACGGGUUCUGGCACAGCCCCGAGUGCGAGUUCCUCCGGCACUGCAUCAGGCGCUCACAGGAGCCUGUGGUGGGCACCGUCCGCCUCUCCGUCUUCAAGGGCCAGGUCUACAUCCUGGGCAGGGAGUCCCCAAGGUCCCUGUACAACGAGGAGCUGGUGAGCAUGAACGUGCAAGGGGACUAUGAGCCUGCUGAUGCCACCGGCUUCAUCAACAUCAACUCACUGAGGUCUGUGGGGCAGAGAGGGACCCUCCUCAAUGCUCUGGGGGUACACCAAGGCCCCCCACCGAGCUCUCCCUGA